AUGACAAACGUCUCAACCUGCGCCCUAGGACAAGUCGUACCUCCUCUGAUAGCUGAAGCUAAACGUCUUCAACGUGGAGCAACGUCCAGAGAAGACAAUCAGCAUAAUCAGAACAGUCAUCAUUCUGAUCGGGAACAACAGGAUGAAGAUGAAGAAAACUUUCAUAUUGAUUUUAAACGUGCAACAGUAGAAUUCUUUCGUCGUUUAUUCACGGAAUUCAUAGGCACGAUGAUCUUAACAACCGUGCUUGGUGCUAAUCUCUUAGAAUCACGACUAAAAUUAAUUACUUCGGAGAGUGCAGCAUUUAACAAUGGUCUGACAAUCCUAUUUUUAAUCUAUCCACUCGGAGCAAUAAGCGGAGCACAUUUCAAUCCUGUGGUAACAUUCACAUUUACGUUACGUCGCGUAUUUCCAUGGCAAUGGAUACCAUUCUAUUUUCUAUCACAAUUUGUUGGUUCAAUUGUUGGCGGACUGCUGAUACGUGGACUCUUUGGCGGACAGUACGCAGCACUAGCGACGAGUAGUGUUAGCCUCUUAACUUCAAGUCUAGCGAACGCUUUUAAGUGGGAGAUAUUUUUAACAUUUUGUCUGGUGUUUGUGAUACUGCAAACGGCAACAAAGGCAAGUGUUAUCGGUUCUCAGGCAGCUAUAGCUGUUGGCGCUGCACUUGCAGUGGAGUCUUUGAUAGGCGGAUCAAAGUCAACCGCCUCGAUGAACCCAUUUCGUACACUCGGACCGUCUAUUAUCAAUAAUAGUAAUGACAAUCGUCACAGUCUCUGGGUGUACAUUGUUGGGCCGUUGUUAGGUAGUAUACUGGCGUAUCUUGCUGUCAGUGGAAUUCAAGGUUUUGGAACGAAGACAAAUGAAAUAACUUCAGCCCAUGGAGAACAGUUGAAUAAUGAACCAGAUGAGGCUGAUAAGAUGCCUCCGAAGAUUAAUCAUUUUCAGGUUUAG